CACAUUCCUCCUCUUCUUUCUCUUCAUACAUCAGCGAGAAUCAAUUGAAACAUCAAGAAUAUACCUUGGCAGUUAUCUGAUAGUAGAGGAGAAUCCUUACUUGACUCAUCUCUCUGCGGUGCAAGAAUAACCAUUGAUCGUCGCCUCUCCCCCCAUCCCUUUCCUAUCCCCACUUUUCUCGGUCAAUCGAUGAACAUGAUAUUGCAUAGUAUACGAUGAACACUCUCAGUCGACUCGACUCUUCCAUCUCUCGUGUCAUCUUCCCCCCUACCAGCUCUAGCUCUAGCUCGACUUUCAACCCUCUACCACCCCCUUCACGUUCAAUACGACGUCGACCUUCUCUAGCCCCUUCCGCUCUUCGUCAACGUCAUGUAUCCAAUCUUCCACCGGAAGGACGUUCAAAAGCACUUCAUGACAAAUCCCGCCCAAAAACCACUACGGCAAACAUCAAAGUUCCACCUCCUUCAACUCCUCUAUUACUUCGAUUGGUACUCGUCCUCUGGGCUAUACUCCUUUCUUUCUGGCAAUCCAUCGUUGGACAAACACGAGCGACUCGUGUGAAACGACGUAGGAGAAGACGUACUAUAGGAGAGAGUUCCGAUGAUGGGACGGAGACUACAGAAGGGGAGGGUAGUAAAGGUAAAAUACAUGCAAAGAAGAAGAAACAUUCAUCACACAUAACCGAUUCCACCUCCACCACCACAGACAACAACAACACUUCCAGUCGUUUAAGAGAAUCAUCUUCUUUAACAUUUCGACUUCGUCCCACACCUCCUUCUUCUAAACCUUCUCAACCAAAACCAUUAUCUCCCACACCUGCACCAACCUCCAUUCUCUCCAAUCCAUUACAAACCACUAAGCCAUCACCUCGAAUCCCAGAGAAAAGAGUUUCCGGACUUUUACCCUCACCUAUCACAACUUCAGUCUUAGAUCCUUCCGUUCCACCCACCACCGUCACAUCCCUUUCUCGACAAAAACCGAAUCAAGUACCGUUCUUCCGUAAAAAAGCACUGAUAUUAGUUUUAGAUUUAGAUGAGACUUUGAUACAUUCCACUUCGAGACCUUUGGGGUAUGCGACGGCGAGUACGGGAGGAGGAGGGAUUUUGGGGUUGAGUUUCGGUGGAUGGUUUGGGAGAGGGGGGAAAGGUAGGGAAGGUCAUACGAUCGAGGUUAUCUUGAAUGGGAGAAGUACGACUUAUCAUGUUUACAAGAGACCUUAUGUGGAUCACUUUUUGAAAAAGGUAUCCGCAUGGUACACCCUCGUCAUCUUCACCGCCUCCAUGCCAGAAUACGCUGACCCAGUUAUCGACUGGUUAGACGGCGGAAGAAACUUAUUCGCAAAGAAGCUUUAUCGCGAUUCAUGUCAUAUGCAAAGGAACGGGACUUAUAUAAAAGAUUUGACAAUGGUAGAACCGGAUUUGGCGAGAGUGUGUAUUCUGGAUAAUUCUCCUGUUAGUUAUACGUGGCAUAAAGAUAACGCAUUACCUAUCGAAAGUUGGACAUCUGAUCCUGAAGAUCAAGCUUUAUUACAUUGUAUACCCGUCCUUGAUAGUUUAAGGUUCGUACAUGACGUUCGGAAUGUUCUCAGUAUCAUAACAUCAUCCUAGAACGAAUGAGACAAAAUAUAACUUGCAUUGUGAAUCGUCGCAUGACAUGCAUCUGGUUUUGUACG